CGACCCAAGCAGACCUUUGGCCGGUGUCUCCGUUCUGGUCAAGGAAGGGGACGGUGUGAGCCAGAGGUCAGACGGUGUGAGCCAGAGGUCAGACGGUGAAGCCUCCUUCGCUGCUUCAGACUGACGGUGUUGUGGUUGUAGGUGAUGAGGAUGAAAGAUGUGAAUAAUGAUGCGACGACAGCAGAGACGCCGGAGACAAGAUGCUCGGAAACUUCGACUUGCGACCUCGUGGCUGCCGUCAACGACUUACAAACAGCUGUUGCGGAAUUGAACAGGACUUUGAACGAGAGCCUGGCCGAGGACCUUGGAAACAACGUCCUCGAGGAAGCAGCGAAGGUGUGGGACCAGCGCGAAACGAAGCAAGAAGAGGCCUUCACAGUUAUAGAGGAAGCGAUGACCAGCGCAUCCAUCGCCAUUGCGAAUUCGCUCACAAAUUGCACAAAGAAUUUCACGAGCGAAAAGCUACACAUGCAAGUGUCCAGUAAACCCUUGAGUUACUACAGCAAGGCCGAAGCACGUCGUUACGAGACCCCUGAUCGAGGCACAACGGUCGUCCUUCCAGAGCAGCUCUAUCGAGAUCGCGUCGGAGAGGACGGCUUCGUGAGAGUCAUCGUCGUGUCCUAUGAGACCCAUCUUGGCUUCAACGAUUCGAAUCCUCCAGACCUGAGUGAGGAGUCCAAGGAUGAGUUUACUGCCUGGGAUCAGCAGAUCAGCAGGAUUAUCAGCGUCACCGUGGUAGGAACUGGAGACUGGCGUUCAGCCACAGGAGAACACGUGAGACUAAACUUCAGCCACGUGAACGCGAGCGACCACCUCCCUACAACGACCCCCCGAUGCGUGUGGUGGGACAAGCGGUCUCGCGGCUGGAACACGAGCGGCUGUUUCGCGAGCCUCAGCAGCGACCGCUUCACCGAGUGCAGCUGCGACCACCUGACGUCCUUCUCUCUCCUGGUGGAUGUCUGGGGACGUCGGGAGGACCCUGGAUGGACGGAGGGUCCGGGCUACGAGGCUUCCCGCUGGCUGGGCACCGCGGGCUGCGCCGCCUCCUUGCUCUGCCUCGCCCUCUCCCUCGCCGUCAUCGUCGCCCACAAGCCCCUGCGAAGCUCUCUCUGCUGGAGGAUCCGCGGCCAGCUGUGCCUGAGUCUCCUGCUGGCGUACGGGCUGGUGCUGGUGGCCGUGGGCGUGGUCGGGAGGGGGGCGUGGUGGUGCAGGGCGGUGGGCGUGUUGCUGCACUACUGGCUGCUGUGCGCGUUCUCGUGGGGGGCGCUGGAGGCGUUCAACAUGUACCUGAAGUUCGUGAAGGUGUGGCGGACGCAGAGGGCGCUCUUCAAGUCCUACCUGGGCGCAGGCUACGGCUUCCCCGUCGUGGUGGUUGGCCUGACCCUCGCCGUCACGCAGGGCCGAGGCUACAGCACUGUGGGCAUAUGCUGGCUGGCUUCUAAGGAAAUCAUGUGGUCUUUUAUCGGUCUGCUGAUGGCGAUCCUGGCGAUGAACCUCCUCGUCUUCCUGCUGGUGAUUCGCAUUCUGGUCAAAAAUGUCCGAGAAAGAAAGAGAUUCCUUCACAAAACUGACGCGGGGAUCAGAGGCCGAAUCUGGGGCUCCGCGACCAUCUUCUCGACCCUCGGUUUCGCGUGGGUCACGGGCGUCGUCCACGUGGCCUUCGAUGCACCCUUCUCUGCCAUUCUCUUCAGCUUCUCAGCCUCUUCUCAAGGUGUCUGGAUUUUCGUCUUCGGGAUCCUCAUGGACGCGAAGAUACGGAGGGAAAUUAAGGAUCUUCUGAUUCCUCCAAAAGCGGAUUGUGGAGUAUCCGUUCGUGCAGUGCAGAGUAGUAGGGAGACAGACAAAUAUGACGUCACAUUCACUCCCUCGAGGACGGAAGAGUGAGGGAAAUGUUGGCACUGCGGCUUCACCCAAGAUCUGCCAGCGUUUCCUGAACUGACUCCCAUGGCUGCAAAAUGGCA